CGGCGGCGCUCGCUGAUUCUCUUCCUUUCUCCUUCCUCCCCCCCCCCCCCGCGAAACCACGGCGAGGGCGAGCGGAGGGGCUGGUGGUGGGAGGGGUCUGGCAUGGCUGACGUCACCGCCCGUGUCGGGGAGUAUAGGCUGUGCUGUCAGCCCGGUGUCAGUCUGAUGAAGAUUGGCAUUCAGGUUUGGUGUGGAGAGCUGCACACGGGGCCUCGGAGCAGACGACAACACCCAAAGCUGCUGCGCUGCUGUGGGCAAGCCAACUUCUCAAUGUGAAGCUAUCCCAUGAUGCAACAUGUGUCCCCAGCACCAGCAGUGACAAUGAUGGCCACCCAGAGCGUUCCUCCACCGUCCUAUCAGGAGAGCCAACAGAUGACGGGUACCACCCAGCAGACCACCAAGACCCCGCAGGUCCAUAUCCCAGCUGCCCCGGCGGCAGGAAACACCCCUGUCAGUGUGACCCUGGACCCCCAGGCUCAGCUGGAGUCUGACAAAAGAGCCGUUUACAGACACCCUCUGUUCCCCCUGCUGGCGUUGCUGUUUGAGAAAUGCGAGCAGGCCACACAGGGAUCCGAGUGCAUUACGUCAGCCAGCUUCGAUGUGGACAUUGAAAACUUUGUGCACCAACAGGAGCAAGAUCACAAACCCUUCUUCAGUGAAGACCCGGAGCUGGACAACCUGAUGGUGAAGGCGAUUCAGGUCCUGCGCAUCCACCUGUUGGAGCUGGAGAAGGUUAAUGAGCUCUGCAAGGACUUCUGCAACCGCUACAUCACCUGCCUAAAGACCAAGAUGCACAGCGACAACCUGCUCCGCAAUGAUCUAGGAGGACCCUACUCUCCCUCCCAGACCUCUCUCGGCAUGCAGCAGGAACUAAUUCAGACCUCCUCUCCACCCAUGACUUCUGUCUCCAGUUCUGUUAACCCUUCAGGGAUUGUGGUGCCUGCUGGGGCUCUGCAACAGGGCAACGUUGCCAUGACUACCAUAAACUCCCAGGUGGUGUCAGGUGGGACGCUGUACCAGCCGGUUGCCAUGGUGACAUCGCAAGGGCAGGUGUUAACUCAGACGUUGCCCCCAGGAACUAUCCAGAUCCAGAACUCGCAGGUAAACGUAGACCUAUCGUCCCUCUUGGACAGUGAAGACAAGAAGUCCAAAAACAAGAGAGGUGUCUUGCCCAAGCACGCCACCAACAUCAUGCGCUCCUGGCUCUUUCAGCAUCUGAUGCAUCCCUACCCGACAGAAGACGAGAAGCGGCAGAUUGCGGCACAAACAAAUCUGACCCUGUUACAAGUGAACAACUGGUUUAUCAACGCUCGUAGGCGUAUCCUCCAACCCAUGCUGGAUGCCAGUAACCCCGACCCGGCUCCUAAAGCUAAGAAGAUGAAGUCGCAGCACCGUCCCACGCAGCGCUUCUGGCCCGACUCCAUUGUGGCCGGAGUUCUGCAGACGCACAGAUCUCAGUCAGGCAACAACUCAGACAACCCCCUGAACAUGGACGGCCUUCAGCCACUGUCCUCGGACUCAGCCACCCUGGCCAUGCAGCAAGCCAUGCUGGGAGCCGAUGACUCCAUGGACGGCACCGAGGAGGAGGAAGAGGAGGAAGAGGAAGAAGAUGAUGAAGGGAUGGAGGAAGAGGAGGAGGAGGAGGACGGAGAGGAAGAUAACAGAGGGAGACAUAUGGCUGGUGGGGGAGGAAGGGGAGAUCUGAGUAUGGAGCACAGAGAAGAACUGGAGUAGUUGUAGAGAGGGAAACGGACAAUAUGAACUUUGACCUCCAUGUCUUCACAACACAGCAAAUGCUGUCCCCCCUUUCAAACUGUGCCGGGCCGGCUCUCAUGUCAAACUAGUGACACUAAAGAGCAUUUAAGGGCGUGUUAGGUUUUCUACAGGUUUGUCAGAAGACGCGAGAGACUCGUUUGAGGAGCCAUUAUGGAGUCUAGUCGAACGCGAUGGCCACCGUAACAAUAACUGUAAAGGACAAAUAUGAGUUUCACGAUGAAUGUGUUGUAUCAUCAUACAGUAGUACUUACCCAGACAGUGAGCUUCAUAAAUAUUUGGUUAGCACCACUGUUGUUAUUUUUUGUUGUUGUUGUUUGUUUUUUUCUGCGUUAUACUCAUUAUGUUUUUGCUCCAUCCGAUUUGUGACGUUAAUCAGCGCGGUGAUUAUGAGCUCUAAGUGCAGACGGACAGAUUCGGUUUGGUGUUUUCAGCCAUAUUGGAUAAACAGUCGACCGAGUAUAUGAAUAAUGUACAAAAGGUGAAGACAAACAUCCUCUCGUAGGACAAUAAAGUAUUUAUCCAUCUAAUCUGAUGGUUAAUUCUGACACACGGUUGAAUACCAAAAGAGGUGGAGAGCCAAAUUUAGAGAGGCUGGAGAGAGAAGCUGGUGGAGAUUUGAGUUACCCAGGUGGCGCUGAUGCACAAGAGACGUUUAGAAAUCAUUGCACGGUAGCAAUGUGCAGGACUACUUUAUUCAAGGUGAUCAUCUGUCCAUAUAUAUUUGCCAUGAUCUAUUUUGCAAAAUAUGACUGCAGCUCUAACUUUUAAUUUAUGACAGCGGGGGAAAAAAACAUGUAAUAUUAUUUGACCUCAUUGUUGGGGACAUUUUGCAUCCCAAAAAGAAACCCAAAACAACAAAAAACCAAGAAAAAAGGACGAUGUUGCUUUGCAGGCGUGGAGGGAGCUUACUGUACACCUUUCAGACAUCCUGCGUCGCCUUCACACGCGGUUACAUGACUCGUAGGUUCUCAGGUUAACGCUUCAUACCGCUUGUCGAGAAGGAGACACUGUCCGUCGCUGCAACACACCUUCUGAAGCAUGACUUUUGAGAUAAUGCUAAUGUUUUCUUUCUCCCAUGAGCAAAAAAAAAAACAAUGUGUGCCGACUGCACAGAGUAUGUAUAUUGGAUUUCCCAUUAUGUUUUGGCGCUCUGCUGUUGAAAGUUUUGCAUAUUUAUUCAGGUUUUUGUUUGUUUAUUCUCAGAAGGUGAGUGAAGGAACAGCUUCACUGACAGACGAUGAGCGCUGCAUCUGCUUCACAGGCGUUCCGGAUGAGCAGGUCUCUGGAUGAGGCGUGUUGCCGACCUUGCCGGCGGCCACGCCGACACUUGACCUCAGUCAUUAGGAGCUGGUACACACACGCCUGUGCAUUUCUGUGACUCGGGAUAAUCACGUCCUAGGAAAAGGAGCUUGGCAGCACUCUGCCACCCCCUGCAAACUUUCUCAUCAGGAUCUCAGCGAAGGAGGAAAUCACACAGGCAUUUGAGAGACGGUGACUCUGGAGACCCCCCCCCCCCCCAGCUUACACGACAACUCAAAGCUUGUCGAGGGUGACACGAAAGGCGACGAUGUGGAGGCAGACGAAGAGAGAGAGAGAAAAACAAUUCAAUUCCGUGAGUCAGGCCUCUUUCCACUUUGUGUGAAGGAUUUUGAAGAAACUGUGAAGACAAUUUCAGCUCUCCGUUGUGCGCUAAAAUGAAGGAACACAAAAUAGAGUCGCUCAUUUCUAAUGUGAAGGUGUGUAGAAAUGAAAACCGUGCUAUUGAAUGUUCUGAUUGUUCAUUGUGAAGUAUGUCCCACAUUAAUAUUCUUUCCUCGAUUGUUUUUUUAAACAGAUCUUCCAGAGCAGGUGACAAUAGGGAAUAUUUUUAUUUUGUUUCUACACUUUGUUGUCAUAAUCUAUUGUGUUUCAAUAGACCAAUUUUAAUAAUUAAAACAU